AUGUUUUUCAAGCCAUUCUUUGGCCCUUUGGCCUUGUGCUCUUUAGCUGCGGCGGAUACUCGCCUGGGGCGUCGCGGAACGAUCGCUUCUGAUGAGAUAGUCGGAUUUGCCCAGACGGUUCCAUCUGGCACUACAGGAGAGGUUUAUCUUGCCUAUCAGCCUGAUUUGUACGUUGUGAACGGGUGUGUUCCAUUUCCAGCUGUUGAUGAGAAUGGGGAUACAAACGCUGGAUUGGCCCCAACUGGCUCCUCGGACGGCGGCUGCAGCAGUAGCACAGGCCAAAUUUAUGUGCGCGGCAAAAGCUCUGGAGAUUACUACGCGCUGAUGUACGCGUGGUAUUUCCCGAAGGAUGAGCCAUCCACGGGCCUUGGCCACCGUCAUGACUGGGAGGGAGUUAUUGUAUGGUUGUCUGAUUCUACUAGCACGGCAGCCGAUAAUGUUGUCGCGGUCUGCCCUUCUGCUCACGGCGGAUGGGAUUGCUCUACUGAUGACUAUACACUUGAUGGGACCACACCAUUGAUCAAGUAUUAUAGUAUUUGGCCUGUGGAUCAUCAGUGCGGUUUGACAAGCACGGUUGGCGGCGCCCAGCCUUUGAUUGCCUGGGAGUCACUCCCAACAGCGGCACAGGAUGCCCUGGACACCACUGAUUUUGGAGAUGCCAUCGUGCCUUUCAUUGAUGCUCACUUCGAUACGAAUUUAGGAGAUGCCACUUUUUGA